AUGUCCCUCUCGCAUAUUCGUCCUUGGCUUGCGGCUGUGGCACAAUGUUCACGGCGAGUGUCGCGCACAGCGGCAUCGGGAACUUCAAAAAGAUUCAUGUCUGCAUCCGCUUCUAAGGAGCGGCCGCUUGAAUCAACAGAGGACUGGACGAAAUUCCAGCUGGACCGAGCAGACAAUGAGGCACUGAUUGAAUAUUUCUCGCAGUAUGGCUCAACCCAGACGCGCGGGAAUACUUGGCAACCUCACCAUAGUCUGCAUCGACCAACCGCCCCCGCGAAUUUGACCCUGUCCGCCCUGCUCGCCUCAGGGGCUCACUUCGGCCAUUCUCAGGCCCUCAUGAACCCCAAUUUUAUGCCUUAUGCGUACGGUGUCCGUGCAGGCAUCACUGUCGUCGACCUCGACCACACCCUCCCCCUCCUCCGGCGGGCAGCCAACGUCGUGCGUGGCGUGGCAGCCAAAGGGGGCAGCAUCGUAUUCGUGGGCACACGUGCGGACCUACGCCCUGUUGUGCGGAAGGCCGCAGAGCGGAUAGGCGAGCGUGCAUUCCACGUCGGAGAGAAGUGGCUGCCAGGUACUCUCACGAACAAGAUAGUCAUGUUCGGCCCCGACGUCGCCAAGUCGGAGCAGGUCAUCCCGGACCUCGUCAUCCUCCUCAAUCCCAUUCCGAAUAUGCACGCCAUUCGUGAGUGCGCGAUCGAACACGUCCCCACGAUCGGCAUAAUCGACUCGAAUGUCGACCCGCGGAUAGUCAUGUACCCUAUACCCGCCAACGACGAGAGCACACGGACCGCGGAACUCAUCGCUGGAGUUCUCAGCGUUGCUGGGAGAGAAGGUGUCGCUCUUCACGCAGAGGAGCUCGCGAGGAAUCAAAAGGCGCGUUCGCAAACGAGGUCAAGAGUACGGGACAGGGACAGCGCUGCGGCACGCCCAUAACAUACAUCAUUAUCCUAGAGCUAUAUACAGAUGUCAUGACUGUCCAGGGGUGGUCGUCCCCGCGUUCUGGAUGUCAUGCCAAUAUCCUACCGCACUUGUUAGUGAUGUGUCGAUGAUACUGCAGAUGAGCACGCACUUUCCGCCUGCUC